AUGGAAUGCAAUAAGGAGGAAGCUAACAGAGCAAUAAAUAUUGCGGAGAGGAAACUUUCAGAGAAGGAUUACGUCGGAGCCAAGAAAUUCGUUACCAAGGCUCAGCGUUUGUAUCCGAAGCUCGAUGGUUUGGAACAAAUUUCGGUGAUGAUCGAUGUUAAUGUCUCUGCAUCGAACAAGAACAUCGGAGGAGAAUCAGAUUGGUAUGGAAGACUCGGAUUAGACCCUAAAGCUGACGACCAAACAGUGAAGAAACGUUACAAGAAGUUGGCACUUCUGCUUCAUCCGGACAAGAACAGGUUUCGUGGAGCGAUGGACUUGUUUAAGGUGGUUUCAGCUGCUUGGACUCUGUUAUCUGACAAGGCUAAUAGACUUGCGUAUGAUGAGAAGCGGAAUCGCAAGAAGCUAAACCGAAAAAGAGAGAAGCAAAGCCGCCACAGCAACAACAGUGGAGAGACAAUUCUCAAGCAACAAACAAAAAAAGAAACAGUGAUGCUUCUUCUUCUACAGAGAGGCUUUUCAAGAAAACAAGAAAUCCAUUCUCAAACCUGA